AUGAGACUCCACUCCGACUCCCUACUACCUCACUUCACCUUGCGGAUAUCACUUGUGGAAUUGGCAAGUAUAAGUAUCUUUGGCUUUAAUUUUCCUAAAAUUCUUGAUUUUGGGGCGAGAUACAGAAUGAGUUUUCCACUCACCCCGCCUCCAGAUACUGGGAAAGAAUCCAUUGAUACUCCAAUAUAUCUCAUUCCUUUGUCAAAAUCAACUUGCUCCUCCUUUCGGUUGCAAACAAAUCAAAAAAGACUAGCUCCCUCAACAAUUCCAUCGCAUAUUUCCGACCUGGAAGAUCUCGGCCCGGUCUGGAGAGCUGGAGUUUCCAACGCACUCAGGCUAGCACCGAGACUCGAGAUAACCCGUUACACACUCGGGUCAGACAAUAAUAGCGAUAUUGUUAUUAAAACAAAAACUGAAGAUGAAUGUUGGGUGAAUUCCCAGCAUUGCCAGCUCAUCCCAGAUCCUGACGGGGCUGCCAUCACUGUGUCCAAUACAUCAAGGACGACUUUCACCGUGCAGAACAUUGACAAGCGCGACCCAGAGUUGGAAAUUUUGCCAAAACGCACCAUUUCUAUUAGCCACAGUAAUUGGUACCUUACGCUUGGACGAGGGCUCAAAAUCCUUGUGAUUGUUUUGCCGCCCCAUCCAGAUAUCCACCAAAGACCGCUCAUCCACAGGAGGUCAAAAAACCCCACCAAACCGCGUUUGAAUGAUAAAACCGCUCUUUCCUCAACUCCAAAGAGAAUACCCAAAAGGAAAAACGGCAGAAUCGUACGCCCUAAAAAAUGUCAAGGUCACAAGACACAUGAAUCUGUGGCGUUCACUCGCAAAAUCAACAUACCGAUUCCUAAGCGUGGUACCAGUGGCGAAAGCAGCAGAAGGAAAGAAAUCAUCACUUCCACUGACAAAACUCGGGUAUUCAAAUCCCAGCGCUGUGGGAUCGUCGUUGCAGCCAAAGAAUUUCAGGAUACAAGGUCGAAUUCAGCAGCUAAAGUCUGGGAAAACGAGAAGGCGAUUCUGGAACAUUUAAAGGGACACCAACAUCAACAUAUUGCGAAUGUAGUAGACCAUGACGAGCCUCUUCGGAUUUUAUACCUUGACUACAUUGCGGGGAUAGAUCUUGAGAAGAGGGUCACUCCAAGUGGCUUUUCCACGAUAACAGAAGUUCAAAAACACAUUAUAUGGACGGACAUAAGCAGUGCCUUGGAAUUCCUUCACAGAGAGGGUGUGAUCCAUAAUGAUGUCAAACCGCCGAACAUCGUUUUAAGCGAAGAGAGGGCAGUUCUUUGUGACUUUGGGUUAGCCACAAUGGGUCCCGAAGAGCACUAUUGGGGCACGGCGCCCUAUGUUUCUCCGGAUAUUCUAGUUGAUGAAAAACGGUCAGAGCCUGGUGAUAUAUGGGCCCUAGGAGUUACUAUGCUCUUUGUGAUCGGCUUGAUCCCGCUGCCCAAACGUUCCUGGGUUAUCAAAGAUAUAACGAACGAUAAAUCGAGGGCAUUACUUUCAAUGAACCGCUGGCUACAGGAAAUCCGGCAGACUUGUGUGCGGAUUCCUGAAAAGUUUAGCCUGCUUCGACGCAUGCUCACUGAAAAUAGAGAAGAACGAAUCACUGCUACUCAGCUUUCAGAAAGUCUUACACACAGAUCACACCUCAAAGUUCGUUAA